UUGUGGACUCUUAUGGACUACCAGCCCGUCGUCGUAAAAUCACACGCCCGGCCGUCGUCUACCAAACACAGCCCAGAGUCCCGGUAUUGGCGACAGUUUAAAUACCCUGUUUUUGUCAAGGAAUAUGCCCCCGUCACUUCUGUCCAUUUCUCUCCUUCAAAGCCUCAUCGAUAUGCAGUCACCGCUGCAACUCGCGUCCAGAUAUAUGCUCCGCGCACCCAAAAGGUCACCAAGACAAUAGCACGGUUUAAAGACGUGGCACGUAGCGGCGCAAUACGUACAGAUGGCAAAUUGGUCGUAGCAGGAGAUGAUACUGGUCUAAUUCAAGUUUUUGACAUAAAUUCGCGAGCCAUCCUGAGAACUCUAGACUCCCACAAACAACCCGUAUAUGUGACAAAAUUCUCUACCUUGACUCCUACCCAAAUUCUCUCUUGCUCCGAUGAUACCACGGCCAAGUUGUGGGACGUCCCCUCCCAAACAAGUAUAUCCACCUUCACGUCCCACACGGACUACGUACGGACAGGGCAAGUCUCAUCAUCGAAUCCUAACAUUAUCUUAACCGGGUCUUACGAUGGAACUGUGCGCAUGUUUGACGCCCGUUCCGGCCAUUGCGAGAUGAUAAUGAGCCGAAGCAAUAGCGGGGAGAAGUCUCCAGUAGAGCAGGUGUUGAUGUUUCCCUCCGGUACUGUCGCUAUCUCUUCCAGUGGCCCUAUUAUUCGCUCCUGGGAUAUUGUCGCUGGAGGGCGAUGUACGCGAGCGUUGUCAAAUCAUCAAAAGACUAUCACAUCCUUAACCUUCAAUGCGUCUGCUAGCCGUCUUCUAACAGGAGGUCUCGAUCAGAUGGUGAAAGUUUACGAUGUGAGCACGUAUAAAGUUGUGCAUACUAUGCGAUAUCCAGCUCCCAUUCUCUGCCUCGCUGUGUCGCCAGACGAAAGCCAUAUAGCUGCCGGCAUGAGUGACGGAACUCUGUCAGUACGUCGAAGACAGCAAAAAGCUUCAGAAACGUUGGACAGUGCACCAUUUUCUGCAUCGAAUGUUCAGUCAGGGGCAUUUGAGUCAUUCCUCGGAAUGUCUAGCUCGGGAAUAGGUCAAGGGCAGACCAAAAACAAGUUCAAGUCCAGACCCAUUGGAGACACCAAUGAAUUCCGAAUAGAAAGCAGGCGUACUCAGCAUCUGAAAGAUUACGAUCGGUUUUUAAAGAGCUUCAAGUAUUCUUCUGCCCUUGAUUCAGUCCUCUGCAAGAAUGUUCCUCCAGCGACAACUUUUGCGCUGAUACAGGAACUUAUUCAUCGCGACGGCCUUCGCACUGCACUAGCUGGGCGUGAUGAUGUCCUUCUAGAACCAAUCCUACGUUUAUUAGUCAAGUAUGUCACUGACCCUCGUUUCGGAGAGAUGGCGUGCGACGUUGCUAGCAUGGUCAUAGAGAUGUACGCCUCCGUUAUAGGACAAUCACUUCUGAUCGACUCUCUAUUCCUGCAAUUGCGGAAGAAAAUCUCGAUGGAACUACGAUUUCAAAGGGAAUUGCUGAAAACCAAGGGCGCUUUGGAUAUGGUAUUCUCACUUACAGCAUUAGACUCCAGAUGAAUUGGGUUCCCUAGCACCGGCCGCCUAUCUUUUAUACAUCCUACGUAGUAGAGGCGUUGGAAUCCAGAGCACCGAUGAGACCCUCCAAGAUUUCUUUCCGUGAAGGUCCCUGAUCUUCAUCGGAUUCCCCUUGUCCGUUGUCAACGUUAUCGUGGUACAACCGUAGAGUCUCUACGAUAUUUUCCAGACCCUGGUUCUUCCGCGCCAACAUCUGUAGUGCAUG